AAUUCCUCUGCAUUCGAAAACCACUCUGUUUCACGAAUUUGUCACAAAUUUCUGCGUUCAAAUCCCAACCACAACUCAUUGCCAGUAUCUAACGCUGCCACCUGGCGCACCAACGCCCAGUUCACCCACCAUGUUGGCAGCGGCGAGUUCAGACAGAACCACAGAUGGCCCAAUGAGAACGGCAAUGACAUCGCUCUGAUCCACACUCCUCAUGUCGAUUUCUGGCACAUGGUCAAUAAGGUGGAGCUGCCCAGCUUCAACGACCGCUACAAUAUGUACGAUAACGCCUGGGCUGUUGCCUGCGGCUGGGGCAUUACCUCCGAUGGCGGUUCUCAACCCGACUGGUUACAGUGCGUCGACCUGCAGAUCAUCAGCAAUAGCAAGUGCUCUGAGACCUAUGGCCACCAGCCCGAUGGUAUUCUGUGCGUUGCCACACCCGGCGGCAAGUCCACCAGCAGCGGUGACUCUGGUGGUCCAUUGGUCCUCCAUAACGGCGGCAGAUUGGCUGGUGUUACGUCGUGGGUUGCUGGCAAUGGUUGCACAGCUGGUCUUCCAGCUGGCUUCACUCGUGUCACCCAUCAGUUGGAAUGGAUUCGCGACAACUCUGGCGUUGCUUACUAUUAAGGUGUUCUAUGAACUGCAUUCAAAAUAAACCAAUUGAUCAUCUCGCA